ACGGCUCACUUUUACAUCGACGACGUUCCUCCACCCGGAGAAGCACCAACGUUUGAUAAGGAAACAGCGUUUCCCGUAAAGGACUUUGUCAGACAUGUGACAGAACUCCACAGAACUCAGAGCUUCCAACGAGAGUUCAAGGCUUGCACGGUGGACAUGCAGAUGAAAACCCAGAGCUCCAACUUUCCUGAAGAAACUAAAGAGACCGACUCUUCGGCUGAGGACCGCCACAGGACGCCGCUUUUACUGGAUUCUGGUGAAGAAGGGAAGUCGACAGACCGCAUCAACACAAACUACGUGCAAGGCUUAAAGGGGUCCCAGUCCUACAUCACCACCAGGGGACCUCUGGCGUCCUGUGUGGAGGAUUUCUGGAAGACGAUCUGGGAGCAGAAUGUCGGCGUCAUCGUGAUGAUUAGCAAUCAGGAGGGAAAAGGAAAAAGGGGAGGGGACUGGUUCUGGCCCCCGGAGACCCAGGAGGACUACGGAAGCCUGCUGGUUACAGAGAAGAAAUGCAAAGUCCGAGCCUUCUACACCCAGAGGACGUUCUCUGUUAGGAGCACCAAAAAGGGCUCUGAGAAGGACAGGACAGUGGAGCUGUAUCAUUACACCCAGUGGCCAGACGGGGGCGUCCCAGAGUUCGCUCUGCCUCUCCUCUCCUUUGAGCAGUUUGUCUUCAUUUACGAUGCUUUGGUGGAAGCCAUUUUGUUCGGGGAAACGGAGGUGGAGGAAACUCACCUGCAUAAAUACGUUGAUGAGCUGUUCACCACCCAAACGACUGGAGGAACCCAAAUGCAGGAGCAGUUCCAGCUGGUCUGUGGUUCUGCAGCUCUGGAGAACCGAGACUGUUCUGUGAUUCCCGUCGACAGGUCUCUGAUGUCAGACUCAUCUGAGGAAUCUCUGGACCACAUCAAGGCCUCAUUCGUUUCUGGGUACAGGAUGAGGAGAGAGUUCAUUAUUACCCAGAAUCCUUUGCCUGGCACCAUAGGGGAUUUCUGGAGGAUGAUAUGGGAGCAGAGGGUUCAGCUCAUCGUGUCACUGCCUGGUACGGAGGGGGGGGAGUCAGGUGUCUUUUGGCCCCACAGAGAGCCGGUAAACUACGGGACGUUCACCGUAACGGAAACGAGCAAAACCUGCUCCAGUCUUUCCACCGAGGACGUUCUGGUGGGGGAAUCGGUCCUGGAGGUGAGACUGUGCAGCGCCCCCUGCUGGCCGGACCCUGAGGGCCCCCCCAGCCAAAGCCUGGAGCUGCUCAGCCUGGUGGGGGGGGGGGGCCCCGGGGGGGGAACCCCCACGGCCGUCCACGACCAGGCGGGGGGUGUGAGGUCCUCCUCCUUCUGCCUGCUCUCCUCCCUGACUCAGCAGUUGGAGGCUGAAGGUUCGGUGGAUGUUUUCCAGACGGCAAAGCUGCUGAACCUCAUGAGACCCGGAUCCUUCAGACACAUAUACCAGUUCCUGUACAAAGCCGUGCUGGUUUUGGUGACCAGGCGGGCGGAUAAUAAAGAGGUCCAGGUCCAGAUCUCAGCAGAGGAAGGAACCAGCCUCCAGUCUCUG